CACGCGCCUCGCGCUUUUAGACGCGCGCCCCCGUUGAAAAAAGUUGAACUUUUGAAGAAAAGCGCUUCACGUCAUCGGCGCUUUUUUUGAACGACCAAUCAAAAUCGAGGAUGAGGCAAGGCUAAAAGUAUAAACGGAACUCAAACUGAAACAAACUGAAACAUGUCGGACGAAAGCUUGAUAACAGCUGUGAGCGAGAGUCCGGUCCUGUACGACCUCACGUUGAAGGCCUACCACGACCUAACAAAACGCAACCAGGCCUGGCGAGACAUUUCAUCUAUGCUGGGCGUUACAGCUGAAGUGUCCCGCAAGAAAUGGAAGUACUUGCGGGAUAAAUAUUUGAGGGAGAGGAAGGCAGAGAGGGACAGGAAGAAAAGUGGGGCCGGUGCCACCUCUUUCAAGAGGUGGAAGUAUAUGGCGAUCAUGGGCUACCUGGAGCGCCAUGUGAAGGAGAGGGUGGUGGCUCAAAGUGAAGAGGAGAUAUUUCCUCCCUCUCCCAGCCUAUCAGAGUCCGCUGUGGACACCUCUCCUCCAUCUCCUUCCACUACCUCUACGGUGACUCUGGUCACACCGCUGCGUCCUGUACCUCCACCACCACGCAGGAGACAGCUGGAGCAGCCGCUGUCUGUGUUCCAGCAAUCAAUCCUGUCCUCCCUCGAAAAAGAAAAGGAGAAUACACCGGCUCUGGACGAGGAUGAGCAUUUUAUGCUCAGCCUCGUCCCAUCAUUGAGGAGGCUGUCCAACCAGAAAAAGGCCCAGGCACGCAUGAGGAUGCAGCAGGUCCUUUAUGAUGUGGAGUUUGGAGAGUAA